GAAUUAGUUUCCAGCAAACCGCGAUACGAAACGGUCGUCGGUACGGUGUUUGGCAUCCAGCCGACUAGACAACGACUGCAGCUGUGGUAACUGUCGCGUGGUUUCGCAACUAAAACCUAAAACAGCGGAAAACAACAACACGGCGUGUGUGUAUUUCUCGGGCAUUACUACCGUAGGUGUCGAGUGCACAAGUGUUUUUUUUUUUUGGUUGUUCAUCGAAGCACAUCCGAGUUCCAGACCAAAUCAAAGGUGGAAAAAAAUCUUUUCAAGUUGGAUUUUAUUAAACGCACCAGCACCAGCCCCUCUCCAAUACUUACCAUUCAUGGUGAAUAGCUGUCAGGUGCAGCACACAACACCACUACCCCGACAAAACUGAAACGUUUGGAGCAAACUGGAUCGCGGUGCAGUAUGGAGCAGCUAGAGCGAGAGAUCCGCAAGGAGAUAGACGAGAUGAACACGAGCGUGUCGCUGGUGGACCGGCUCGAGGCGGGCGACACGAUGGACGACGAUCGGCGUGACGAGCUGCUGUCCUCCACGCGAGCCGUCUUCGAGAACGUUAACCCUAACAAUGUGAAGAACAGUCUCACCGACUCCCAGAUAUCGAUCAUCUCCAAGCACGACGGCUAUCCAGAGUCGGGCCACUUUUACAGCACUCCAUUGGCCGGUGGCAAAGAUCCCAGCGUUGGCGGUGAACCCGAUACAUCUUCCCCCGCUGGAACGAAUCAACCCGAGCUGGGUAAGGGUGGGAGCGAUGGGAACGGGGACAAGUCAUCACCGGAAGUUGCUGGGCGGACCGGUAGUAAACUGGACAAGCAAACCAAAUGUAGACAGAGCCAGCGGGAGCAAAAGGGCGCGAAUAUGUCACAGCCGGACAUAUCUACCAAAAAUCCACCCCAACCCAGUGCCUCCCUGGCAAAUCUACUCUACGCACCAGGGUGUGGUGGUGUUCCGAAGCGUAAGCGGCUUCCAUCCACGGUAAUUCUGGGCCUCAUCCAGCUGCUACUGAGCGUUACGUUGGCAGCGCUCGGUGGACUCGUCAUUGCGCGGAACGCUUCGCUAGCGAUGGCCGGUACGGGGUUGUGGUGUGGCGCGAUAGCUGGCAUUGCCGGUUCACUUGGUUUGAUGAACGUGAAGAUGGCCAAAACCGGGUUUCUGGCGGUGAAUCUGAUCUGCGUUGCGUCUAGCACGCUCGGGCUAGCGCUCACUGGCAUUGGAGCAGUUCGGGACGCAAAUUUGGCCCAGCAGGAUGAGCUUAUCUGGGGUGCUGUCACAGCCGGAACGGGGCUGCUGGUGGCGCUAGCGGUACACUUCCUAAUCAGCGUCUUUUCCGUGUACUACUCGGCGCUCAAACUAUGCUCAAGACCAACGCAGAAGCUGCAGAUGAUCGAUAAUGUGAUGCAUAGCAACUCGCAAGCGUUCAUGACCCAGCAGAAGGUGGAGGACUACAUUAACUCGCUGCACGUGGAGCCGGGCGUUAAGGACAUGAUGUAUCAGACCAUGCUGAAGCGUAGCUACGGCUCGAUGUACGGCGAAAAGCAUCGUGGCGAUAACUACAGCACCGGUACCUCACAGCGCGUGAUGCUCGUUCCAGCGGGAGCAGGAAAUGGGCUCCCCCCAAUGAUGCCAAUGUACCCGCCGGUUCAAACAUCGCCCGGCAACUCACCGAUGAUCUACCCACCGAAUCUGAUGCCUCCCGGUGUGCCCCAGUACCAGCCGUACCCGGAGAGCGCACUCAUGGAAGCGCAAAUUAGUCGCGCCAACCGGAAACGGUCGACGAUGCGCAUGAACAACGAGCGGAACAGUGCGGAGAUGGAGCGGCCGCGGCGAAAGUCCGACUCCGAUCUGGAGAAAACGUUCACCUACACCGGGCUGGACCGGGACAUUGCGGACAGCUAUCUGGCAAAGGAGGAGGAAAAGCUGACGGGCAGCAUUGUCAGCAACGGUGGGAUGCACGUGACGCCACCCCACACGUACCAUCACGAUCUGAUGCUGAUCGAUCAUCGUACGCAUUUCGAGCGGUACAACGAUAUCCACAUGUGAGCGUGUCGAGACGAUCCACCCCUAUUUCAUUUUGCUACCAACGCAGCGGAAGCUAUUCAAUACCACCCCCCCCAAAUGCUCAAGAAGAAUCGUUAGUCGUUAGGGAACUUUGUUAUACAUUGUAAAUGUGUUUUUGUAUAGUAUUUGUAUAAACUAUGUUUUACUAUGUUUUCA